CGCUCCCGCGCCAGAGAGGCUGAUGCAACAACAGCCACCGAAGCGACGACUACGAAACGAGAAUGGAAAUACGUCGCGAAGAAGAAACCGUGGAGCAAUACCGUCCGUUUAUUGAGACUCUACUGCCCUACGUUCGCUCGUUUUCCUACACGUGGUUCAAUCUGCAGGCUCGCAAGCGAAAGUACAAUAAGGAUCACGAACGACGCAUGACGCCUGAUGAGGAGCGACGGUGUAAAGAAGAACUCGAGGCUGAGGCGCCUGACGAGAAGCGAAAAUGGGCGUCUAGACUUCUGGCAAAGCUGCGAAAGGACAUCAAGGCCGAACACAGGGAGGAAUUCGUUCGAUCAGUCCAGAAUAACGACGUCGAAGCGCCUCAUUCGUGCGUCUUGUCGAAUCCCGAUCAGAAGGGCAAGAUGCGUCGGAUCGACUGUCUGCGUCAGGCUGAUAAAGUGUGGCGUCUCGACCUGGUUAUGGUCAUCCUGUUUCGUGCGAUUCCACUCGAAUCGACGGACGGCGAGCGAUUGGGGAAGUUUCCGAGGUGUCAGCAUCCUACACUCUGCGUACAGCCGAAACACAUCACUGUUACAGUCCGAGAGUUGGAUCUCUUCCUUGCUAGUUUUAUUCAUCUUACUCUGAAAGAUUCUGGAGACGAAGAAGAAGACGCUGAACAGGCUAUUACUGUUCCAGACAAUCUCAUGAAGCGGGGAGCUUUUUCUGCCAUGGACUUUAGAAAGACGACAAGAGUUUCGAUUGUUAGUGGAUCAGACGUUUGUGCUGGAGUUGUCUAUCCUUGUAUUGACAGUCCUCACACUGAGACAGCUCUUCUUCAUGAAGCGUCGACAUCUAUACCUGUCCCCACACGAGGGACCAAACGUCCACAUCGCAAUCCCAUUGCUGGCUCUCUUCAUUCAGAGCAUGAAGAAGAUUACAGUGACUUCGAGAGUGGGACACCUGUCAGUGCAAGCUGGCCUGGUGAGGUAUAUGCACAAAGUCCUAAUGUCGUUCCUUAUUCACCUCAGACACCAUAUGGUGCUAAGUUUCCAAAGGCUAGUUAUGUAUCGAUUGUGGAUACAUUCACACCGCAACAUCUUUCACAGAGUUACCAGCCUGCAGGAUUAUCUAAUGUGGGCUCUGAAUUUGAUUUUAGUGUUCAGUCACAGUCGUUCCCUCCUGUAGCUGUGACAUUACCAAGAUAUGGAGCAGAAGUAGGACCCAGUGAUGGUGGCAUUACAACACCUCCUGCUACAAUUGUUCGACAGCAAGCCUCGGUUGUUCGGACUUGUUCAAAUGCAGCAUUUACCACUCAGACAAGGGGCAGCUAUGCGCAAUCAAGUACAUUAGGUAGCGUAUGUUUUCGUAGAAACAAUAAUCCAACUUCACAGCGAGUCCAAAUUCCUAGAAGUCAUUCGUCUAGCUUGCCUCGACCUUUACGUACUGCUCAUGGGCUAUAUAAAUCAUCGCCGAUUGCAACAGAGCGAGUUUCUACACCAGUCUCUCCCUCCUUAGCAUUUGAUGUAUCAGCUCUGAGUCUGACAUGCCGGGAAAGAGAAACUCCACCAAUGAUCAAAGAGGAGCCAUCUGGUGAUUGUGACAUUGUUGUACCCGGACCGGGUCAAGGUGUAUAUAGUCAUCUACUAGACCCAGGUAUGUUUCAGCAUAUGAUGCCAGGAGUAAACCAAUCAGUCCACCUACAUAGUCAAUCAGCAGUCAGUGGUGUAACAGCUCCACUAGCUGCUUCGUUCAGUCCAUUGAGUGUAUCUCCAACUGUUACUCCAACAGGGGGAACGACUCCUAUUCUCAGAUGGUCUCACACUACCGGAGGUGGAAACACACCAGAACAUCAGCUGCUUGAAGAUGAGAUGACUCUUUUUCUGGAUCUCCCUGGAUAUCCCUACCCUGAUGCAGUGACGACGUCUACUACGACUGUCUGAAUUUUAGUCAGGUGUCUACACGUAGAUGGAAGAAAAAUCACUCAGUUUGUAUUUUAGCCACAGCUGGCAGUUAUCACAUCUUAUUUAUAUAGCCAAUUGGUGGCAUAAAAAUGUUUUUAAAGUGAAAGCAUGGUUACGUAUCGUUUGCUGGAGACAUGGUGUUGAACUAUUACUUCAGAAUGUACAUUGUUUUGUUGAUGGGGUUCCGUUGUAUAUUUUGAUCAAGCUACUUUUAUGGUGUCA